AUGGCGCAACCUUCAGACAUCCUGUCCUCUGGACCACUCCUCCUAUCUGAUCCUGCUUUGGACUCUGUCCCUUGCAGUCUCUCCUCCAUGUGCUUCCAUCUAGGAAGCUUACCUUCAGAAGUCUUAUCUUCGGACCCUAUGCAGCAGGUUCCUGUGCUCAUCCAGAAGUCCUCCAGCACUCCAUCAGAGUAG